GGUCAGAGUAGCACUUCCGCAAAUACGUUAUGGCGUCUCCCGUACUUUCACGUGGAUUUAUUGAUGGGGAAGAGGAUAGCAGUUAUGAAGGGGAAGACAAUACGGAUGACUUUGAGCCCUCGAAACUGGGUACCAAAGAAUACUGGGAUGAUACCUAUGCAAGAGAACUAGAAACAUUCCGAGAUAUUGGAGAUGUUGGAGAGAUCUGGUUUGGCAAGGAAAGUAUAGAUCGGAUUGUCACAUGGCUAAAAAAUCACAAUUUUCCUAAGGAUUCCUCUGUACUUGAUAUAGGAACAGGAAAUGGAAUGCUGCUUGUGGAAAUGGCAAGAAAUGGCUUCACGAAUCUUACUGGAAUAGACUACUCUUCUGCAUCAAUAGAACUUUCCAGAAGCAUAAUGCGGAGGGAACUCCAUGAUGUCAAAAUACAGGAAGAAGAUUUUCUUAAUCCCUCCACCUUACGUUCUGUAUUUGACCUUUGCAUUGAUAAAGGGACAUUUGAUGCUGUCAGCCUAAACCCUAAUAAUUCUGCCGAAAAGCAGGUUCAGUAUAUCCAUUCAUUGAGAUCUGUGCUUAGAAUUGAUGGACUCUUCAUUAUUACAUCUUGCAACUGGACUAAAGAGCAGUUGAAAUCUAUAUUUUGUGAAGGAUUUGAAAUUUUGCAGGAGUUACCAACUCCUAAGUUUCAAUUUGGAGGUAAAACAGGAACAACUGUUUCAGCUUUAGUUCUAAAACGCAAUAAGUAAAACUUUUUUUAGCCAGUGUCACCCAUUCUGACACAAUUAUUUGAAUUGUUAAUAUUGUUUUAGCUAUAACGUUAUUGCUUAUGUUAUCUAUACAUAACUGAAUAUUUGCUUUAUUUGUCAAUUAUAAUUAAUGCAACGUUCACAGAUUAAAUAAAAUGCUAUAAAAUAUU